AUGGCAGCAGCUAUAGAUAUAUUCAGUGUUAGCAGCAGUGUUUUUUCUUCAGAUCCUUUCAGGGAAGAGCUUAUGCAAGCACUUUUACCAUUUAUGAAGAGUGCUUCUUCAAGUACCUCUUCUUCUUCUUCUUCGCCUCCUCCUCCCCCUCCUCCUCGUUCUUCUCCUUCUCCGUCUUCUAAUGACUACCCUUUUGACUCGUCUCUUUCUUCUGAAUCCAAUAUGUACCCUGGAUUUGGCUCAAUCCCAUCAAAAACCCAAGAAUUUUAUCCAGGGUUUUCGAGUUUUGGAUAUGAGCAAACUGAUAGUACUAUUGGGCUAAAUCUCCUCACCCCAUCUCAGAUCCUUCAAAUCCAGGCACAGUUCCAACUCCAGCAGCAGCAAUUGCAAAAUCAGCAAAUGAAUUACGCUCUUAGCCAUUUGCAGCAUAAGCAGAACCAAUUCUCAAGCUCUCUUGGUCCAAAACCUGUCCCAAUGAAGCAUGCUGGAACUGCCCCCAAGCCCACAAAGCUUUACCGGGGAGUGAGGCAGAGGCAUUGGGGAAAAUGGGUGGCCGAGAUUAGACUUCCAAAGAACAGAACUAGGCUUUGGCUUGGGACUUUCGACACAGCUGAGGAAGCGGCUCUAGCGUAUGAUAAGGCUGCUUAUAAGCUAAGAGGAGAGUUUGCAAGGCUCAAUUUUCCCAACCUUAGGCAUCAGUUAUGCCAUGAAUUCAGUGACUUCAAGCCCCUGCAUUCCUCUGUUGACGCCAAGCUUCAAGCCAUAUGUCUAAGCUUGGCUAAUUCGCAGAAACAGGGGAAUUUAGAAAGGCCCUGUCUUAAAUCUGAUGCAAAGUCAGGAAUUUCAACACGAAGAAGUGUUAUGAAGAUGGAAAAUUCAUUGAAUGGAGGAUUUAGGAACCCGACAUCAAAGGAUAACAUCAAGGUGGAGGCCUCAUCGUCACCUUCCCCAUCUGAUGAGGGAUCGGCUUCGCCCGCAUCUGAUAUUACCUUUCUGGAUAUCUCAGAGCCUUCUUUGGAAGAAUUCGAUUUCAUGUUGCAGAAAUAUCCUUCCGCGGAGAUAGAUUGGACAGCGCUAUAA